AGUCUUUGAAGAGGUGACUUUGUAUUUCACCCAAGAAGAUUGGAAUCCCCUGGGUCGUAAAGGGCUUUCCAUAAGGAGUCAUGAUGAAGAACUGUGGCAGUAUGACACCUCUGGGUGAUGGCAAAGACAAUGGGAAUUCUAUGGUGUCAUCAAAUGCAGGGAAGCAUGGAGUGAGAAAACAGACCUUACAGACUGAAAUGGGACCAAAGAGGUAUAAAGGAAACAAAGCACAGAAGACAGGGAAAUCCCCUGACUCAAAAUGUUUGGAUGUUUAUGAACUUGGGGUUUCAAUUAAUCACAAAAAGAGGAGGAUUAGAAAGUGUCAGGUGUGUGGGAAAAUAUACAAAUAUCAAUUAGCAUUAAGUAAACAUGAAAAAAUCCACACAGAGGAGGCACUAUAUCAGUGCAUGCAGUGUGGAAAGAGCUUCAGUAACCGUGGAAGUUUUCGCGUCCAUCAAAGAACCCACACAGGGGAGAGACCUUAUAAAUGCGCAGAAUGUGGGAAGAGCUUCAACGAGAGUGGAAAUCUAACUGUACAUCAGAGGAUCCAUACAGGGGAAAAACCGUACCAUUGCAUAGAAUGUGGAAGGAGUUUCUCUUCGAAAGGAUAUCUUAUUACACAUCAAAGGAUGCAUACAGGGGAGAAACCAUAUCAAUGUUUGGACUGUGGGAAAAGCUUCAGGAUAAGCGGGAACCUUACUGUGCAUCGGAGAACACACACAGGGGAGAAGCCAUAUAAGUGCCAUGAAUGUGGAAAGAGCUUCAUCAACAGCGGAAACUUUAGUAAACACCUCAGAUUUCACACUGGGGAAAAGCCGUAUAAAUGCAUGCAAUGUGGAAAGAACUUCAGUGGAAAAGGGAACCUGACUUCGCAUCAAAGAACCCACAAUGGGGAGAAGCCAUAUAAAUGCCUGGAAUGCGGGAAGAGCUUCAUCGACAGCCAAAGUCUUACUUUACAUCAGCGAAUCCAUACAGGAGAGAAACCAUAUAGGUGUAUGGAGUGCGGAAAGUGCUUUAUCAGUAGUGGACACCUUAAUGUACAUAAAAGAACCCAUACAGGGAAGAAACCAUAUAAGUGUAUAGAAUGUGGGAAAAGCUUCAGUAUGAGUGGAAACCUUAAAACACACAAAAGAAUCCACAGCGGGGUGAGACCAUAUCAUUGUGUGGAGUGUGGAAAAAGUUUCAGCCAGAAGUCGCAUCUAAAAUUACACAAAAGAAUCCACACAGGGGAGAAACCCUAUAAAUGUACAUGGUGUGAAAUGAGCUUCAGCGAUAAUGCAUGCCGCAUUAGGCAUGAAAGAAGUCACACUGGGGAAAGACCAUAUCAGUGUAUGAAAUGCGGAAAAGCCUUUGGUAGGACGGGAGUGCUUGCUUUACACUUAAAAACCCACACAGAUGAAAAACCAUAUAAGUGCAUGGAGUGCGGAAAAGAUUUCAGAGAAAAAGGAAGCCUUGCAGUACAUCAGAGAACCCACACAGGGGAGAAGCCCUAUAAGUGCAUGGAGUGUGGAAAGACCUUUAGUCGGAGUGAACACCUUAAUAUUCAUGUGAGAACACACACAGGGGAGAAACCAUAUAAAUGCAAGGAGUGUGGAAAGAACUUCAGUGUUAGUGGAAACCUUAAGAAACAUCAAACAAUGCACAUGAGGGGAAUGUCCACUGAAUGUUUGGUGUGUGGGAAAUGUUUCGGUACAUAUAAGAGUCUUGUUUUACAUCAAAGAAUGCACGUAGGCAGAAGUCAAGUAAAUUCGAGGACUAUGGGGAAACCUUUCAUGUAGAAUUGGCUUCACAUCAAAGAAGCCAUACUGCAUAAAUACAUAGGCAAUUGAAAGGGUUAUUGAGAUUCUGAAAAAUCGUGCAUCACAUUGGAGAACCCAUGUCAUUUCUUCCAACCUAUGAUUCUAUGAAAUCUGGGAAUGAUUUGUUAUCAAUCCAAGCUUUCUUUCAUUCCACCUUCAGGAUAAGCCAUAGUAAUAUAUCCACCAUUAAUGUAGCUCCUUCUAAUGAGAGUUCACACAAUAAUAUGUCCUGAACAUUAUACAGGCAGCCCCCAAGGUAUGAACAAAAUAGUUAUGUAGGUUUGUUCAAUUUGUUUAUAUCAGUUCAACUCCAGCCAUAUAUAUGUAUGUAUGUGUGUAUGCAUGCAUGCUUUGGAUAGUGUAGGGAAGGGUUAACACCAUUGUGAUUUUUUUAUUUUAUUUUUUUUGCUUUCUGUGCCUCUGUUCAGGAUAUAUCACCUCACUUUCUUCCCCUGUGGUAAUUAGAUUGUGAAAAAUGUGGAUUGGUAAAGCUUCAGUGGAGACAAACUUUCCCCAUAACUUUCAGGAGUGAAUUUCCCAUCGUAGGGGUAAAUUCCUCUCACUUCUUGCUGUCUCAUCCCCUUCUUAACUAUGAGUCGUUUGUAAUUUGGGGAUUGCCUGUCCUGUCAGCAGUGUGAUGCGGCAGCUAAAAAACCCAAUGCGAUUGCAGGGUUCAUCAACAGGAGUUGAGGGAAGUUAUAAUCGGACUCUUGUUUUAUUUUGGUCAGGCUUCAGCUGGAAUACUCCUUUGCCUUGUUCUGGGCUUCACAAUUCAAGAAGAAUAUUGACAAGCUGGAAUGUGUCCAGAGAAGGGAAAGCAAAAUAAUCCAAAGUCUGGAAGCCAAGCCCUAUGAGGAGUGGCUUAAGGGGCUGGGCAUGUUUUGUUUGGAGAAGAGACGGCUGAGAAGGAAAUGAUAGCCAAUUGUAGCAAGGAGCAAGCUUGUUUUCCACUGUUCCAGAGACUACAACACAUAGCAAUUGACUCAAACUUCAAGAAAAGAAACUCCGCCUAAACAUUAGGAAGGUUGACAGCUGUGAAUUUCUUGGAAGCAAAGCCCUGUGAUGAGUAACAUAGGGAACUGGGUAUGUUAGCUUGGAGAAGAGGGGACACGAUAGCCGUGCUUUAACAUUUGAAAGAACGUCACAUUGAGGGAGAGAACCAGCUUGCUUUCUGCUGUUUUAGAAACUACAACGCAGCAACGUAACUCAAACUUCAGGAAAAGAGAUUCCAUCUAAACGUUAGUUAAAAACUUCCUGAAGACAAGAGCUGUUUGGCAAUAGAAUCUGUUGCUUCCAAAUAUUUUUCUCCAUGCUUUUAAAAACAAUCUUAACUAAGGAUGGGAUGUCUCCUCUGAAUAAAUACCUGAGGAGGUAAUUAAUGGGCUGGAUGGGGCAAAACAAAUUGAAACUGAAUCCAGCUAAGACAGAAGUGCUUGUCUUUAAGGGUCCAAACCUGGGGGUGGAAGUGUGUCAACCUGUUCUGGACACUUCCCCAAAGACUGUGUUAGCAGCUUGGAAGUGCUAGUUUUCAGCUUUAGCUGAUACACCAACUGAGCUCCUUCCUAAAAUCAAAAUACCUAAACAUGGUAGUGCACACAUUGGUCAUUUCAAGAUUGGGCUUCUGCAAUGUGUUUUACAUUGGGCUAUCCCUGUACCAAGUUAGGAAACUCCAGUUCGGGACAUGGCAGCAAGAUUGAUUACGGAAGCAUCUAGGAAUGAACAUAUUACACUUACACUAAAAUUGCUCCACUGGUUACCAAUUAGUUUCCAGGUAAAAUACAAAGUGUUGGUUAUCCUUUUAAAGCCCUACAUGGUUUGGGUUCAGGUUACCUACAAUUUCUUCUCCCAUAAAAGACGGAUCCUCUGUGGGACGUCCAACUAGCCAGAACACAAUUGACAACCAUGAGCUAGAGGACCUUUUCAUCACCCAGCCCAAAACUGGAGUGACCUGCUGGAAGAGCUUUUACAGCUAAAUGAGCUAUCUGAAUUUAAGGCCAAAUUAAAGCUUCACCUCGUCUGGCAGGUCUACCCAAUCAAGUUUAAUCAAUGAAGUUUAGAUUUACAUUGUAUUUGUCAAGGCCACAACCCCCAAAUACAGGCAGAGUAUAUGCAAAUGGUCUCAGGUCUAGCCAAAUAGUCCAUAAAGUUGCUAAACACUCAAAGGUGCUAUUCAUUGCCUACUCCAGGUGUACUGCUGAGCCUUCUGUCAGCAAUCCCUCAUCCAAGUUCUUCACGCUGUCCAUGAUAAUACCGGGAGUUUCAUUUUUUGCUAUGUUUUUAAUAUAUUUAUUGUAUGGUCCUUUGUCAAUGUAUUUGAACUCUGUUGUACUACCUUGAGCCAUGAAGUGGGUUGUUAUUGUUCUUAUCAUCAGUAAUAUUAUUAUGCAGUGAUCUGCUA